GGAAGUGAUGACGUAAAUAUGGAAUUUGAGCUCUCGCUUAAGUGUCCCCCGCAACUAUUCGCUAAUCUGUAACAUAAAACGUCUUCGGUUUACUACAUACGGCACUAUAUUUUCUAUUUCAAGUCACUCUUGUUAGCCUACUACCUAGCAAUGAUUCAUUAGCCCAUGGGAGUCCUCGCCGGGAGUCUUGCAAGUCGCUGCGUCGGUACGCUUCGAAAGUUCCCAAAGACAGUCAUGUCACGAAGAUUUCACGCGAGCCGGAUCGAAGGAGUGGACAAAAACGUUUGGGUGGAGUUCACCCAAUUGGCAGCCGACUACAAGCCCGUCAACCUCGGGCAGGGUUUCCCGGACUUCGGCCCUCCGGAAUACAUGCAAGAAGCCUUCUGUGAAGCCCUGCGCGGCGGUCCCUCCAUGCACCAGUACACGCGCGCCUUUGGCCACCCACGUCUGGUAAAUAGUCUGGCCAAAUUCUUCAGCGGCAUCGUGGGCCAGAAGAUCCAUCCCAUGGAGGACGUCCUGGUGACGGUGGGCGCUUACCAGGCGCUCUUCUGCGCUUUCCAAGCGCUGGUGGACGAGGGGGACGAGGUGAUCAUCGUGGAGCCUUUCUUCGACUGCUACCAGCCUAUGGUGAAGAUGACGGGCGGGAAGGCCGUUUACAUCCCUCUGAGACCAAAAGUCGAAGGCGGCGGAGCCCUGUCAAGCGGCGACUGGGUCCUGUCCUCCGACGAGCUGGCCGCAAAAUUCACGCCGCGCACCAAAGCCGUUGUCAUCAACACGCCCAACAACCCGCUGGGAAAGGUGUACACAAAGGAAGAGCUGCAAAUGAUCGCUGACCUGUGCAUCAAACACGACGCGCUGUGCUUCAGCGACGAGGUGUACGAGUGGCUCACUUACGACGGAGCCCAGCAUGUGAAAAUAGCCAGCCUGCCCGGCAUGUGGGAGCGGACCGUCACCAUCGGGAGCGCCGGCAAGACCUUCAGCGCCACCGGAUGGAAGGUGGGCUGGGCCAUCGGCGCUGGACGCAUCCUCAAACACAUGAAGACCGUCCAUCAGAAUAGCGUGUACCACUGCGCCACAGCUGCUCAGGAAGCGGUAGCUCGCGGCUUCGAACGGGAGUUGGAAACGUUCGGCUCGGCGGACAGCUACUUCCGCCAGCUGCCGUGCGCGCUGCAGCGAAAGCGGCACAAGCUGGCCUCGUGUCUGGAGAGCGUGGGCCUGAAGCCCAUCAUGCCGCAGGGGGGCUACUUCAUGAUAAGCGACAUCUCCUCUGUCGAGGUGGAUCUCGCUGACCCGAGCACAAAAGACGAAGCCUACGACUUCAAAUUUGUCAAAUGGCUCAUUAAAGAGAAGGGCUUGGCAACAAUUCCCGUGUCAGCCUUCUACAGUGCCGAGCACGGCAAAGACUUUGACAAAUACAUCCGAUUCUGCUUUAUCAAGGAGGACUCCACUCUGGAUGCAGCAGAGGCCAUCCUGAGAAAGUGGAAGGCUGCACGUGACGUGUGACCUCACUUGCUACUACCCGUCCCGCCGUCCAGAUCUCAGUUGACUCCUUGCGGACAAGCCAUAUUCAUCGUCCAAAAGUCAGUUCAGGUUCAUCCCGAAAUUUCACGGCAAAGCAUAAUAUCCUAAAGUUUUUGCGAGUAGUGUAUUUGUGCAAUACAUCCUUCACCGUCCAAGCCUUUUUUGCCACUGAACAAAAGUAUUGCAGACUUCUUGAGUUGUGUAUCCCUAAAUGUUGUCACUCAGGCUUUGGGAUUUUGUUGUGGAAUGAUUUCAAUCCACUGUGAAAAAAACCUACAUUCUGUGCUCCUUGUCACUUUAAUUCAAAUGAAAUGUUGUUCAAUCUAUUUUCAUUUUUAGCCAAUUAAAAUCAAGCAACGUUUGAAUGAAA